AUUAAACACCAAAUUUAUCUCUGUCGACUUACAUAUUUGUCCUCUCUAUUGAAACUAUCUGUAUUAAGAAAUAUCUUAGUAAAUAAAUAUUAAAUUCGAAGAACUGCUACUAACCGGAUUUAUAAUUGCAGGUAUAAAGGAGGUGAUGUAAACGUCGUGGAGAAAGUACGUGUUGAAUAUGCGAACAAAAUUAUAUGAAAUAUAUAAAUGACUGCAUGUUAUGAAUCUCCAGAGGUGAUCAUUGUCUUGAGCAAGGAAGAGAUUCAUAAAAGAUAUCAAGAUACCGCAAUGAUCAUAUUUAAAGAGCAACAAAGCAGAGAGAAGGAAAUUGUGAGCUACCUUAGCUUUGGAAACAGUCGUAGAACAAUGGAAUAUAGUAACAACGGAAAUCACCCCGUUAUCAUACGUAAAUCUACAGAAUCUACAAUUACGCGAAAUAUUCAUUUGUCCUCGCGGACAUCAAUAGAAUAUCAUAAACCAGAUGGAAAAUGUGCGAUAACUUAACGAGUAGAAAAUUUUAUAACUAUUUGUGCA